GAUGAGCGGCCGGGCAAAUGUCUGUCAAGUGCGUCUUGGUCGGGGACUGCGCGGUGGGGAAGACGGCCCUCCUGGUCAGCUUCGCUUCGGGGACCUUCCCCGACAGCUACAAGCCCACCGUGUUCGACAACACCGGGGUGGAGGUGUACACGGACGGGGCCGUGAUCAGCCUGGGCCUGUGGGACACGGCGGGCCACGACAACUUCAGACAGAUCCGCCCUCGGUCCUACCGGCAGGCCGACGUGGUGCUCGUCUGCUACUCGGUGGCCAAUCCCAACUCUCUGGCGAACGUGCAGCGCAAAUGGAUGGCGGAGGUCCGGGAGAACCUGCCGACGGUGCCGGUGCUGGUGGUGGGCACCCAGACGGACGUGCGGGAGUCGGCUUCGCACCGGGGCGCCUGCGUCUCGGCGGCGGACGGGAGGCGCGUGGCUCAGGAGGUGCGCGCCAAAGGCUACCUGGAGUGUUCGUCCUUGACCAAGCGAGGAGUCCAGCAGGUUUUCGAGUGCGCCGUGCGGAUCGCCGUCAGCCACGAGAGGAAGCGGGCCAGACGACGUUUCUUCAGUCUGGACCGCUGCAGGGUGUUUUGA